AUGGCUGAGCAGCACUCGGCACUCCUCAAAGUCGAAGUUUAUAACGUCCAGCCACUUAGAUUUCAGCGACACGAAGCAGAACAGAUCGACGCCCCCCCUUUCCUUCGUCCAUCCGACGCCCGUAACGCCUCUGAUGUGGUCUUCAAGCUGAGAGACCGUAUGCGCGAUAUCUGGUUCAUCACCACGGCCAGCUUUCUCCUAUCUGCCUCUGUCGACAAUGACCUGGCUAUGGCGACGGGCAAACGCAGUGUGCACGCUAACAUCGUCCUCACCGAGUCCAAGCUUCCCAUCCAUAUACUCCUCCAGUGGGUUGCGUUGUGCACCGCUUCCCGCCAGCUGCGACAUACGUGGGCUGCGGCGAGCAACCCGGUUUCACUCGGUGGCACGAUGGCCCCCGUCGUAGCAUCGAUACCGUCCCCCGCCGCGAAGGUGACAAUCUUCGAGAUCAGCUCGUAG